AUGCCCUCCUGGGCCCUCUUGGUGGUCAUCUCCUGCCUCCUCCCGGCCCCCCAAAACCUGGCACAAGUCACCGGCCAAGAUGCCUCCUUGCUGGCCUCGGAUUCAGAGUCCCUGAACUGUUUCUCCCGAACAUUUGAGGACCUCACUUGCUUCUGGGAUGAGGAAGAGGCAGCGCCCAGUGAAAUAUAUCAGCUGUUGUAUGCCUACCCAGGGGAGAAGCCCCGUGCCUGCCCCCUGAGUUUCCAGCGCGUGCUGCCCUUUGGAACCAGAUACAUGUGCCAGUUUCCAGCCCAGGAUGAAGUUCGCCUCUUCUCUCAACUGCACCUCUGGGUGAAGAACGUGUUUCUGAACCAGAAUCUGACCCAGCGGGUGCUCUCAGUGGAUAGUGUGGGCCUGCCAGCUCCCCCUAGUCUCAUCAAAGCCAUGGGUGGGAGCCAGCCAGGGGAACUUCAGAUCAGCUGGGAGGCCCCAGCUCCCGAAAUCAGUGAAUUUCUGAGGCACGAACUCCGCUAUGGCCCCAAGGAUCCAAGGAACUCCACUGGCCCCACAGUCACGCUGCUGCUGUCCACAGAAACCUGCUGCCCAGCCCUGCAGCGAGCAAACCUAGCCCCAGCUCUGGACCAGUCUCCAUGUGCUCAGCCCACGAUGACCCAACAGGAUGGACCAAGGCAGACCACCCCAACUAGAGAAGCUCCGUCUCUGAAAGUGAAGGGUGGAAGCUGCCUCAUCUCGGGGCUCCAGCCUGGUAAUUCCUACUGGCUCCAGCUACGCAGCCAACCUGACGGGGUCUCCCUUGGUGGCUCCUGGGGAUCCUGGUCCCUUCCUGUGACCGUGGACCUGCCUGGGGAUGCAGUGGAAAUUGGACUGCAGUGCUUUACCUUGGACCUGAGGAAUGUUACCUGUCAGUGGCAGCAGCGGGACCAUGCUAGCUCCCAAGGCUUCUUCUACCACAGCAGGGCACGGUGCUGCCCCAGAGACAGGGACCCCGUCUGGGAGAAGUGUGACGAGGAGGAGAAAAACGCAGGAUCACAGCCCUCCCAGUUCUCCCGCUGCCACUUCAAGUCACAAAAUGACAGUGUUAUUCACAUCCUUGUGGAGGUGACCACAGCCCAGGGUGCUGUUCACAGCUACCUGGGCUCCCCUUUCUGGAUCCGCCAGGCUGUGCUCAUCCCCACUCCAAACCUGCACUGGAGGGAGGUCUCCAGCGGGCAGCUGGAACUGGAAUGGCAGCAUCCAUCAUCCUGGGCAGCCCAAGAGACCUGCUAUCAGCUCCGAUACACAGGAGAAGACCAUCAGGACUGGAAGGUGCUGGAGCCGCCUCUCGGGGCCCAGGGAGAGACCUUGGAGCUGCGCCCGCGCUCCCGCUACCGUGUACAGCUGCGCGCCAGGCUCCACGGCCCCACCUUUCGAGGCCCCUGGAGCGCCUGGUCCGACCCAGUGAGGGUGGAGACCGCCUCCGAGACCGCCUGGAUCUUCUUGGUGACUGCUCUGCUCCUGGUGCUGGGCGUCAGCGCCCUCCUGGGCCUGCUGCUGCUGCGGUGGCAGUUUCCUGCGCACUACAGGAGCAUGAGGCAUGCCCUGUGGCCCUCACUUCCAGACCUGCAUCGGGUCCUAGGCCAGUACCUUAGGGAUACUGCAGCCCUGAGUCCGCCCAAGCCUGCAGUUUCAGAUGCCUGUGAGGAAGUGGAACCCAGCCUCCUUGAAAUUCUACCUAGGUCCUCAGAGAAGACUCCCUUGCCCCUGUGUUCCCACCAGGUCCAGAUAGACUACCGAGGACUGCAGCCUUCUUGCCUGGGGACCAUGCCCCUGUCUGUGUGCCCACCCUUGGCUGAGCCGGGGUCCUACUGCACCACUCACAUUGCCAACCACUCCUACUUACCACUCAGCUGCUGGCAGGCCCCUCGCUCCCAGUACCCUGGACAGAUCCAAACCCUCUAGUCCUCCCUUCUGGACUUCCCUACCCACCCCAUCCCAACAGCACAGCCAUCUCAGACCUCACGUCCUUCCCCAUUGUCUACCCUCCUAGCCGAGCUUCAUAACACUGAUCUUUCAGUACUACUGCUGACAUAAAUCCAGGACCCACUCUCCUCAGGCAAGGCUCAUUUACCUAAGCUCCUCUAACUUUCACCUCCUUUCUCUCUCCUCUUUAAUGUCAAACUCUUUGAAAAGGAGUCUCCACUUCCUGACUCCUAUUUGCUCCUCAGACUACUUCAGUGCAUUCCCCUACUACCACUCUGCUAAUGAAAUUGCUCAGGCAAAGCUCACCUCAGACUUUCUCAUCACAAGAUCCAAUCAGAUUUUGUUAAUCCUCAAUCUAUUUGAUCUCCCUGCUGUCAUUUGUCAUGGUUCUCCUUUAAAUUCUCUCCUCCAUGGCUCACAUACAUCACCAUCUCUCCUGGCUCUGCUCAGGCCUCUCUGAAUAUACUAAUAGUAAGGGCAUAAGCUCUGGAGUUGGAGCUGGGUUCAAUUCCUGUCUUUCCCACUUGCUAGCUGUAUGACCUUGGGCAAAUAAAGUCUUUGAGCCUUAAUUUCCUCAUCUAUAAAACAGGGAUAAUAAUAGAAUCCCAUGGAGUUGUAAAGAGCAUUUAGUGGGAUAAUCUAAGUAAAGCACAGUAAGUAGGACAUAGUAAGUGUCUGAUAUAUCUACACGAUGGUAAUUAUUCCUUCCUAAUCUCUUAUCCUGGAGUCUCUUACACACCUUCAUUACUUAAGUCCCUCAAGAGUCCAUUCAUAACAGUCUCCAAUCCUAUCUGCUCUGAUUGCCUUUCCUGUAUGUGCUGAUCAUUCCAAAGUUCUCAUCUCCAGCCCAGACUUCUACUACAGCACCUGUAAUGCUUUAUGCAAGUAACCAUUUACAUGUCUGUCUUCUGUUGCUAGAUUGUGAGCUCCUUGAGGGCAAGGGCUGUGAUUUAUUUGUCUUCCCCGCCCCUCACCCCCACCCCCAGCACCUAGAGUAGUGCUUGGUGCAUGGUA